UUGUUGCCUCAACCUUGCGCGCCGCAAUCAGGCCGCCCGGAAGAAGAUGCAGGUUUCGUUCGUGAUCCGGGACGCCGAAGAGAAACGACAUCAAAAUGGAGUCGACGCCCUGCAACUGGAUCCGAUCAAUGUACGACUGUACCCGGCUGGGCGCGAUGCCAUCAUCCGGGUGUGGAGCUGCACCCAGAUCAGCUCCCAGGAACCGUACAUCCAGAGCAAGGAACACCUCCACGAUUGGGUCAACGAUAUAGUUUUGUGCUGCGGUGGAAGAAAUUUAAUAAGUGCAAGUCGUGACACCACCGUGAAAGUGUGGAAUGCCCACAAAGGAUUUUGCAUGUCGACGCUACGAACUCACCGAGAUUACGUUCAGGCACUGGCCUACGCCACGGAAACAGGUGGCUAGCUCCGGUCUGGACAAGGCCAUCUUCCUGCUGGAGGAAUCCGCACACCGGGGCAUUCAAGGAAUGCAAGAACCGAUGACAUUUUUUGUACCAGGUACGUGGAAAUUAAAACCAUUUUUAAAACAAUUUCCUAUG